CACCACCAUGGUCAACCAGGCCGGAGGGCUUGCGGCAGAGGCUCCCUGCAGAAUGUCCCCGUGGCCCUCCAUACAGAGUCUUUUGUACAGCCCAUACACAAGCCUUACAUCACCCACUGCCAAGGACACAGACUCUGCAGCACAUACAAGUAAGCUUCAGCGAAAAAGAUACAGACAUCCAAAUGCCUUCUGGGCUGCGGAUUUGAUUUUGAUUUCCUCUCGCAGUGCAAAGACAUGCAGUUCAGGUGAAUCGGUGUCUCUGAAUCACCCAUCCCUGUGAAGAACUGACGAGUUCCCUGGGGUUGCCCUUAGACACAUCACUGCCCUGCCCUGGAUAAGCUUCAGAUCAUGUGGGACACCCUAAAAACCCUUCACAGACAUCAUGAGUCAGCCAUAAAUAAUGUCGGCACCGUAGGUGGGUUUUGAUAAGAACGUCCAUGACCCUCUUACCUACUGGUUCCAGACGCAUAAGUAUAUGAGAUACUUAUAAAAAUCGCCCUUCAUCUAUCAGCACUGAGAUGAAGACAAGAAGCAUGUGCCCAGAAAAAUUAGAGAAGAAAUCUCUGUAAGCCACCUGGUCUGAACUUUCCAGAGUGUCUCUAACGUCAACAAAAUUUAAAAAACAAUCUUGGGUAAAACAUACCCAAUUGUCACUAUUCUUAAUACCAUACAUUGAAUUAUGGAGUCACUAUGAUGAUUAGAGGCAUCUACAUAUACUGUAUAACUGGUGUCUGAUUUUAUUUCUUUGGGCAAGGAUGGGAUGGAGGGAUUUCUGUCUUGCUGAAGGAGCAUUUAAGAAGUUUCCUGAUGAUCUUCCCAUGCGUUUUUGGGGGACUGCCAGGAAAAAUCUCAAUGAAACUUAUCCUCACCCAUCAGUGUGCUGUCAGAACGGGCCGGCAGCCAUCGAGCUCCCGCACAGGCCCCACACACACGAGCACAGGCGGAACGGGCCGGCAGCCAUCGAGCUCCCGCACAGGCCCCACGCACACGAGCACAGGCGGAACGGGCCGGCAGCCAUCGAGCUCCCGCACAGGCCCCACACACACGAGCACAGGCGGAACGGGCCGGCGGCCAUCGAGCUCCCGCACAGGCCCCACACACACGAGCACAGGCGGAACGGGCCGGCAGCCAUCGAGCUCCCGCACAGGCCCCACACACACGAGCACAGGCGGAACGGGCCGGCAGCCAUCGAGCUCCCGCACAGGCCCCACACACACGAGCACAGGCGGAACGGGCCGGCGGCCAUCGAGCUCCCGCACAGGCCCCACGCACACGAGCACAGGCGGAACGGGCCGGCAGCCAUCGAGCUCCCGCACAGGCCCCACACACACGAGCACAGGCGGAACGGGCCGGCGGCCAUCGUGCUCCCGCACAGGCCCCACACACACGAGCACAGGCGGAACGGGCCGGCGGCCAUCGUGCUCCCGCACAGGCCCCACACACACGAGCACAGGCGGAACGGGCCGGCGGCCAUCGAGCUCCCGCACAGGCCCCACACACACGAGCACAGGCGGAACGGGCCGGCGGCCAUCGAGCUCCCGCACAGGCCCCACGCACACGAGCACAGGCGGAACGGGCCGGCGGCCAUCGAGCUCCCGCACAGGCCCCACGCACACGAGCACAGGCGGAACGGGCCGGCGGCCAUCGAGCUCCCGCACAGGCCCCACGCACACGAGCACAGGCGGAACGGGCCGGCGGCCAUCGAGCUCCCGCACAGGCCCCACGCACACGAGCACAGGCGGAACGGGCCGGCGGCCAUCGAGCUCCCGCACAGGCCCCACGCACACGAGCACAGGCGGAACGGGCCGGCGGCCAUCGAGCUCCCGCACAGGCCCCACGCACACGAGCACAGGCGGAACGGGCCGGCGGCCAUCGAGCUCCCGCACAGGCCCCACGCACACGAGCACAGGCGGAACGGGCCGGCGGCCAUCGAGCUCCCGCACAGGCCCCACGCACACACACGUGGAACAGGCCGAACUACAUGUCUCACCUGGGGGGGGGAGCCUGACCUCGUUCAGCCAAACAAUCUCAUGUGUUAACAGGACGCUGUACAGAGUGGCCUAUCGGAGUGUCAGCAGACUGGCACCAGUGGCACAUUCCUACCCAGAAUGCUGUCCGGGUUGGCGUAGGUUUCACUCACACAACUGUAAUCAAGCGGUGUGUGCUGAGGCGUGUGCUAAUGGCGGCACCUGCUUCAGGCCCAACCAGUGCGCCUGUGUGUCGGGCUGGAUGGGACACAGCUGCCAAACAGAUGUGGAUGAAUGCAGCAGCUCAAAGCCCUGUUCCCAGACAUGCCUCAACACCGCCGGCAGCUACCACUGCGGAUGCAGGGCAGGCUACACACUGGCUGAGGAUGGACACUCCUGCCAGACGCGUCCAGUGCCCAGCCUCCCGCAUGACAGACAGCCCUCGAGCAGCAGCAACAGCACAGGCGUGUCCACUCCCAAAGGCCCUGAUGCUGACACUGUCAACAACAUAACUGAAGAGGUGCAGCUACUGAAGAACAAAGUAGAGCUUCUGGAAGAGAAGCUGCACCAGGCUCUGGCACCUUUCACCAGCCUAUUCCCACUGUCCCUGGAGCAAAGCGUAGCUGAGAGGACCAGUUUCCUGACACAGUCCUUUCAGCAGCUGGAACGCAUCGAUUCACUCAGCGAGCAGAUCGGCUUCCUUGAAGAGCGCCUUGAGACCUGUUCCUGUCAAGACAACUAAAGGGGUGAGGAGAAGCACAGAUAUUCUCACCAGAGGGAGAUUCUACGUCGCCCGUGAUUCAGGGCCACUUCACAGCGUAUCACUCGAUGAGAACCACCCAUUUCUGAUCCACUGAGGAGG